AUGUCUCUCUCCCACAGAUCAGAAGAUAGAGGAGUAGCAAUUCCAGAUUCCAUCCCUAAUGAUCUCAUCACAGAGAUAUUCUUGAGAUUGCCUGCAAAGUCAGUAGCUAGGUUUCGCUGUGUGUCGAAGCAAUGGCGUUCCAUAUCUCACCUUCCCUAUUUCACCGAGUUGUUCUUGACAAGGUCACGGUCUCGUCCGCGUCUCUUAUUCUGCCUCAGACGAGGCUUUCCAUAUGAGUGGAGCUUCUUUUCGUCGCCGCAGCUUCAGAAUCCAUAUGAUUGCAAGGUUUCUGUCGGUUUUCAUAUGAAGCUCUCUAGGGAUAUGUUCACUUCAGGCUUUUGUGGCCCUAUAUCUGGUUUGUUCUAUAUCUCUAUGACGGAGAUCUCACAAAAGAGGGAUGCACAUGGACUGCAUGUUUUUUUUAACCCUCUAACCAGACAGUAUGCUAGUUUUCCUCAACUGAAUACGGACAGAAAGUCCACCUUCUUUUUAGGGUUUGACCCCAUUGACAAGCAAUUCAAGGUAUUGUCCAUGUCUCAUCCAUAUUGUGAGGAUAUGAACAAUCCUAGAAUUUUGACAUUGGAAACUAGAACUUUGAGGUGGAGGAAGAUCCAUUGUCCCUUGAACCAUCGUCCUUUGAGUGAAGUUGUAUGCAUCAAUGGGGUAAUGUAUUACUCAGCUCAAGUUUUCAAAACGUCUUAUGAAAAUUCUGAUGAAACUAAAAGGUCUUAUGUGAUAGUUUGCUUUGAUGUUAGGUCUGAGAAAUACAAAUUCAUUGAUGCGAAACGGUAUUAUGAUAAUUUGAUAAGUUAUAAGGGUAAAUUAGGUAGGAUUAAAUGGAGGUAUGUUAAAGAUGGCAAUACCCUUGAGUUGCGUGUGAAGGUUCUAGAGGAUGUCGAGAAACAGAAAUGGUCUACAAACGUCUACACUUUGCCGAAGAAUGCACCCAUUGAUCGCAACAAUAUCUACAUCGCUGGAGUGACCGCUACAGGUGAAAUUGUUUUGUCGGAGGAAUAUACAUCAUCUGAGCGGUUUUACAUUUUCUUCUUCAAUCCCGGAACGAACACUUUCCAACGUGUUGAAAUCCAAGGUUUUGGAGAAUACUAUCAUCAGGAUCCUCGUCAUAGAGUUUUUGCCUUUGUGGACCUCGUAGAAGAUCUUCAUGUAACCGAUGCAAAGUACCUCAAGUCAGGCCAACGCCUAAACAUCAUUAGGGAAAGGCCAACACUACGAAAACCACAGAAAAUAUGCAACUCUGGUCCAUCUUCGAAGGACAAGUACGAGUUAGUUGAAGACUUGGAGUGA